AUGCUGUCGCACGCCGUCCCCCGUCUGCGCCUCGCCGCAGCAGCAGUGAAAGCAGCCGAAUGGUAUGCAGCGGAAAAUCGACGAAAACAAAAGGGAGGGGAUGUGACCCGAGAAAAAGUUGAUUGUACGGCGCCACUUUGGUUUGACGAUACAGAGCAGAACCUGUUGGCCCGUGAGCAACAUGUUCGCAGCCCCGCAUACCGCGAGCUGCACCGUCCUGCCCUUACAAACGCCGCUAUGGGCCUCUACGGUGGUGAGCCUGGUUUCGAGAAGGCUCACCGCGUGUGGGUGGACCCCGAUCGGCCUCAUAUAAAGCACAUUUAUAACCAGACAGCGCUAGCAAGAAACCUUCGGUAUGCUCGGUACGGAUAUUUUAAACGGGAUAUGCACUUACUUGACGUCGACAAACUUGUCAGGCACGCUCGCUUGUUACCAACGCCGGGUCGUUUGCUCACUGACUUUUUAUACCAAAGAGUGCCACUACCGGAUAAAAGUUGUGCCGCCCUUAUACGGUACCAGAGACAGCAGAUUGAGAUGCUGGAAGUGUGGGGGCGCCACGCUAGCUUCCAAUGUGCUGUGGAAAUGUUCGAGCGCAUGAUUGUAACAAACAUCCCUCCUGUAGAGGUGGGUGUGGAGACACACGGCGAGAUGGUGUUAUGUGCUGCGGCUUGUGGCAAGUGGGAAGAGGGAUGGAACGUGUACGCAAAUCGUGCGAGGGAACUUGAGAAAGAGUCCCCCGAGUCCUUCAUCCUCAACACGUUUUUCUUCGAUGCAUUGCUUACUCUUUGUGUUGCAGCGGGUCGCGUAAGCGAAGGCAUAGACACCCUGGAGGAGGUUAUCAAACGAAAUCUUCGACCCCGCGGUACCAUGCUGAACAAGGCCAUGAUACUGUAUUCAAUUUUGGGGGAACAAAUGUCAAAACAUGAAGCGUCAAGGGCCACCAGCGAGGGCGAAAGAUCCUACCUGUGUGAACCUGAGGAGGUGGAGAAAAUGGGUUUGGAAGUUUGGUCCCUUUUUGACUUUUAUCAGCUGCCCCGAACAACCGCUUCAAUUGAGGCGUACAUGCGCAUGUGUUGUGCCUUCAAUAAACCAACGCUUGUUUUGAAAGCACAGGGUUUCGCAGAUGCAUCUGAUAUCCGCCUUUCCAUAGAAUGCUUCCAUUGGCUGGUCUAUGCGAUCCGUGGGGUUGCUGGUUUUGGAGAUUACGUCAUGGACGUCUUAUCUCAACUGCGACCACGAGGCUUAACGCCAGAUUUUGUCCUCUUCACUCUUUCAUUCAUGUACUGCGCACUUCAGCGCGAUGGUGAACUAGCACUUGCCAUAUUUGACCAACAUUUUGUCCAUCAGAAUAUGAAUCCGACACCGGAGAUGGUGCUCCUCUUUAUCCAGGCUUGCAGUAACUGCGAGAAGCCAACCGCGGCCAUGCUAGAGAGAUCUGAAACCUUGAUCAAGCGGUUGGAAGCUGUGGGUAGUAGUGUGGAUCUUAUUUCACCCAUCUACGAUCAGUUUCUUGAAUUGUGUGCCCACCUUGGCGCGGUUGCUUCAGGGUUUAGUGCCUUGAAGAGAAUUGUAGGGUUUGGCAAGCCUUUGACGACGCGGAUGAUUAAUUCGCUUUUGUUGGCAAACUCAAACGCCAUUUCAUCGAAUGGUUCGCUUUCCAUGACGGAGGAGCUCGUGGGUUUCUUCACUUUGUUGAAGAUUCGACCGAAUGCGGACACCGAGAUUUGUGUGAAUUUGUGCAGGGAUGCUUUUGGUGAAUCCCCUGUUGUAAAUGAUUUUAUCAAAGUUAUCGGCGAGAGCUUACAAGGUGACUCCGAAAAGGGUGAAGCACCUCAAUAUGAUGAGGAUAUCCCUGUGAUUCAAGUUCCCCCUCAUGAGCUCAGGCAGUUGCGUACAGAGUGGAAACUUAGUCCUCGUGACAUCGUCCUUCGCCGCUUUGGGCAGCACACGAAGCCACCGGGGAAGGCAGCUCUGGAUGUUGGGAGUAUGCGUGGUAGCGUGAUACCAUUUGGUCGCUCGCCUGGGGAGCAAUUGGUAUAA